AGUAAUAAAAAAAAUACGAAAAUGAUGAUACCUAAUCGAAACUGGACUGCAAAAAUGGCGGUUGUGUAGUUGCAUAUUAUCUGCUACUCUGAGUCAGUGUUUUUAAAGGUAAAUACAAGUAGAAGUUAGUUUCGUUUGUCUGCAAUAAAAUACAUUGACAAAUUUAGAAAAAUAGUAUGUAAUUGUGUUCGAUAUGCCAGUUUAUAUUCUAAGUGUAGCAGUGUAGACUAGGAUUGCAUGAAGCCAGCGGUAUUGAGUUAAGUUACUGAUUGUUUAAUAGAGAUAACAUUUUACUAACCCUCCUCUCCCAUCUUUGUUUGGAGUUGUUGUAUUCUAAUUUAUGCCACUGGUUUCAUGAUUUCAGAGUAUACCAAUGAGCGCUGAAAGAACCGACGUAAGCGAAAAAGAGAAAUGGAUGCAAAUGAUGAAUCAAAUGCACUUCUCCCGAACUGAAAUGAACAGCUUGAUUAUGGAUUACUUAGUAGCAGAGGGCUUCAAAGAGGCUGCUGAAAAAUUCAGCAUGGAGUCUGGAAUUCAACCUAAAGAAGAUCUAGAUGAACUUGAUAAAAGGAUUAAGAUUAGGGAGGCAAUUCAAAACGGAAAUUUAAUUGAAGCCAUGUCCAUUGUGAAUAAUUAUUAUCCUGAACUGUUAGACACAAACCCUCGCUUAUUUUUUCUUUUGCAUCAGCAACAUCUUAUUGAACUGAUACGAGAUGGAAAAAUAAUGGAAGCCAUUGAAUAUGCCCACUCUACAAUGUCUGAGCAAGCAGAACAAAAUUCUGAAUUACGUUUAGACCUAGAAAAGACCUUGGCGUUGCUGGCAUUCGAAAAACCUGAGAACUCCCCUUUUGGCGACCUUUUGAGACCAGCUCAAAGACAGCGAGUUGCUAGUGAACUAAAUGCUGCUGUUCUUGAAAUGGAAGAUAAAGCCAAUGCCACUCAGUUAACUAUGUCUUUGAAACAAUUAUACUGGGCUCAAGAUGUUCUAGAGAAGCAGAAAAUUUCUUUUCCCUUUCUCUCUGAUUUAACAAGUGCAACAUUUCAAACUGGCAAAUUGACUUAA